AGUGAAGCUUUUUUUUCUCAUUAUACAUUCAUUUGAUGGUUUGCAUUAUUAUUAUUUUAAAAACUGUUCUCGAUUAGAAGAUAGUUAGGAUAAAGUUAUUCAAACACUUCUGACUUAGAAAUUUUUGGUUUAAGUCGAACCGACCAAAGAAGUCUAAGUUGAGAACCUGCGUUGUAUGCACCUGAGUAUGUGAUUUUCUCUAGCUAGAGUAAUUCAUUUUUUUCUGAGAAACUGGCUCUUAUGCACUUUAAUUGCACAUUUGCCUUUUGGGUAGUUUUAAAUAAUGGGUGAAAAAGUUAUUAAUAAUUAAAGAGUAACUUAAAAUCGUAGGAAACAGUGAAGCUUCUUUUUCUCAUACAUUGAUUUGACCGUUUGAAUUAGUAAAAUUUUGUAGUUUCUACUCUUUUAUAAUUUAGGUGCUCGUUGUUAUGGUAAAUCAUUCGAUGGGAAGGAGGGUGACGGACGUGCAAGUUUUAAUCGUUUUUGGUAUGAUAAAUUUGAACGUGAGUGCAAACCAUUCAUUUAUGGUGGUAUUGGUUUAUCAUAUGAAACAGAUAAUAUAUUUAAUACAAAAGAAGAAUGUUACCAAGCAUGUAAACUGGUGAUCGGUGGCAAAGAAAACGUUGGUCGUUGUUAUGGUAAAUCAUUGCAUGGUAAGGAGGGUGAGGGACGCGCAAGUUUUAAUCGUUUUUGGUAUGAUGCGUUUGAACGUGAGUGCAAACCAUUCAUUUAUGGUGGUAUUGGUUUAUCAUAUGAAACAGAUAAUAUAUUUAAUACAAAAGAAGAAUGUUACCAAGCAUGUAAAGAAUAA